AUGAAUGGUGCUGUUGAUAUAGUAUGCAGUAGACCUCUUCCAUUCUCAUGUAGCCAUUCAUGGUGCUAUCGUAGUGGAUUCCACCACAUGUGUGCUUGCUCCCACACAGACCCUGCACAGUGGCAACCUCGUGUUCUUUGUCAUAGAUCAUCCUUUGUCUUGAUAGAAUUGGAUGCGGUUGACUACAUAUUUAUUGCGGGAUUGCAAAGUGAAUACUUCCUGUGGGGAAUCUUCCACAGUGCUAAGAGUACUCUUGCUUGUAAAAGUCUGCAUGAGGAGCUCAAUGUCCAUCCACCUCUUUCUGUUGUGGACCACUCAAAUAAUGGUCAUCCCAUUAGCGACAAGAGCAGCACAAUUGACAGUAUUACUGGUAUUGAUGAACUCUCAAGAAAUGCUUCCAACGGGGGCAGUAUAAGCCAUGAAGAAGGAACUAUAGAUGAGAUUGCUUUGCCUAGGACAGACUUUGUGGAAAGCUUUCAGGAACAUGCCCAAGAUGUGGUCAUGGAUCCAGCGGCAGCUAACUAUACCUGUUCGUCACUCAUUGAAACCGCAUUGAACGUCAAAAUAGAAGAUACAUGUUCUGAAUUGGUUGGUUCAUCCGGUGGAGUGGAAACCCCAAAACAAUCAAAUCAGCAAGUGAAUUUUGAAGUCCAAGAGAUCACAUCAGAUAAGCAUGACAUCGUCAAAAGGAGUUCAAAACUACUGUCUAAGAUAGAGAAACCAGAUAAAAAGGUUGGUUUGCCAAAACAAGGCUGCUCAUUUAGGAAUUGGGUCAAGCUGAACACCAGUGGAAUCACCGGAGGAAGCACAGGUUCUUCUGGAGCCGGUGGAGUGGAAGCCCCAAAACAAUCAGAUCAGCAAGUGAAAGUUGAAGUCCAAGAGAUCACAUCAAAUAAGCAUGACGUCGUCGAAAGGAGUCCAAAACUACUGCCUAAGAUAGAGAAACCCAAUGAAAAGGUUGGUUUGCCGGAACAAAGCUGUUCAUUUAGGAAUUGGGUCAAGCUGAACACCAGUGGAAUCACCAGAGGAAGCACAGGUUCUGCUGGAGUUGGUGGAACAGUGCACACCUCAUCUGGGAAAUGGGUGUUGGGUUAUAGCUUUCAGCUGGGUAAGUGGAGUAGUUUGGCAGCAGACUUGUGGGCUAUCUUUCAAGGUUUGAAUUUGGUUUGGGACAGAAACUACAGGAAGGUUCUGGUGCUGUCGGACUCUUACCCGGCAUUAAACUCUUUGAAGACAGCUCCUCAGGCAAGCGAUCCUAACAAAGAUCUUAUCCAAUGUUGCCGAGAACUUAUCUUACGCAAUUGGGAAUGCAACGUGAGUCACAUAAGCCGAGAAAAGAAUGCUGCUGCCGCAUGGUUGGCAGACCAUUCACAACUUUAUCCUAUGGGGCUCACUGAAUUAGACGAGCCCCCUCAGGAAUUAGCUCAUAUUUUGAAGAACCAGGACAACGGGAUCUCCCCGCCAAGUUGAUCGUUUGGCCCCGGGUUGCUCCGGUCGAGAAGCACAAAAAGAAACUACUAACCAACACCUCCCUGACUUCUCAAGGACUAGGUAAUUCUCAAACGUCUCUUGGUUUUUUGUAUAGCUCUAGGUAUCGUACAGCUGAUUUCAGGUGCUAGGAAAUUACCAUUUGUAAAUAUACCGAUCAUCACCUGCUUUAGUGGAGGCUUGGAAGUGACAACUAUGACAUUGUUGUCCAAAACAAAUUCCGCAUCGUUCA